AAUGUAUUAGUUGCUUAAUUAAUUUAAAUUGUAUAUAUUAUGUUACAGUUCAAAAGGAUGCUUAACAAAGAGCUUAGUCACUUCUCUGAGUCUAGUAAAUCUGGAAAUCAAAUAUCUGAAUACAUUUGUUCUACGUUUCUUGACAAACAACAAGAGCUGGAUAUACCUUCACUGCAUACCGAUGAUAACCAACAGGAUGAAGCGCGACAGAGCUCUAACAAGGCGUCGUCCUCCGGCGCUUCGACCAGUUCUCAGCCCGGCUCACAGUCAAAGAAAAAAGACGUCAAGUCGAAAGUGACACCAAUGUCACAUAUAUCUGGAGUAAAGAGGGCCUUAUCGCACACAAACAGUUUUGCCGGCGAACGAUUGCCAAAAUUCGGCGUGGACACUCCCAAGGAAGAAGAAUUGGGAMACACUUUGGCUGAAAUAGACAAAUGGGGUAUCGAUAUAUUCCGGAUAGCCGAUUUGACAAACAACAGACCACUGACGGCCAUAGCGUAUACUGUGUUCCAGAACCGAGAGCUUUUGAAAACGUUCAUGAUUCCUGCAAAAACGUUCGUUGCGUUCAUGAUGACACUAGAGGAUCAUUACGCCAAAGACAAUCCUUUUCACAACAGCACCCACGCGGCGGACGUUGUCCAGUCCACUAACGUUCUGCUAAACUCGCCAGCUUUAGAGAGUGUUUUUACUCCACUGGAAAUCACCGCUGCUCUCUUCGCAGCCGCCAUACAUGACGUCGACCAUCCCGGACUGACCAAUCAGUUUCUCAUCAAUUCAAGUUCUGAAUUGGCUUUGAUGUACAACGAUGAGUCUGUGCUCGAAAACCAUCAUUUAGCUGUGGCUUUCAAACUUUUACAAAACGACGGGUGUGACAUAUUCCAAAACAUCAACAAAAAACAAAGGCAAACUCUGAGAAAAAUGGUUAUCGACAUGGUACUUUCCACUGACAUGUCCAAACAUAUGAGUCUAUUGGCUGACCUAAAAACCAUGGUGGAAACAAAAAAAGUGGCUGGUUCUGGGGUAUUAUUGUUAGAUAACUACACCGACAGAAUACAAGUCUUGCAAAACUUGGUACAUUGUGCAGACUUGAGUAACCCUACCAAACCAUUGGAACUAUAUAAACGAUGGGUAGACCUAUUGAUGGAGGAAUUCUUCCAGCAAGGUGACAAAGAGCGAGAACAAAAUUUGGAUAUCAGUCCGAUGUGUGACAGGCACAGUGCUACGAUCGAAAAGUCACAGGUCGGAUUCAUCGAUUACAUCGUUCAUCCUCUGUGGGAGACGUGGGCUGACUUGGUGCAUCCUGAUGCCCAGGAAAUACUUGAUACCCUCGAAGAAAAUAGAGACUGGUACCAGAGUAUGAUUCCACCCAGCCCACCCAACGACGAAUCCGAAGACCGUGACAGCGGCGACGACGAUGAUUCAAAGCCCUCGGCCAGUGACCAGGACCCGAACAUCAGGUUCCACGUUACGCUUGAGGAAGGCGACGAAGACUCGGUGGCCGCAAUGUGACGCAAACUAGUCGGCUGGUGUCGCAAGCUGGGUGAAAAAGUCAACUCCUGGUGGAGGACCAAACAAUGAGAAAAACAACGAGCGACUCACCUCGUCCCCGUCUCUUGACAAAAAAA